GCCCAACGGCUAUAUCUUAAUUGCUUGAUGAAUAAAUUUCAAUAAACCCCUGGAUCUCAUUCCAACGGUCGGUUUUUUCUUACCUGAUUUAACUUCUUCUUUGCCAUUGCAUAAACUUCACAAAUCUGCCCGAGGAUACCCAUCAAACAUCGCCAUCUUCACCAAGGUUUCUCAGGAUUAAUUUCCCGGAUAUAUAGUUAUGGAAAAUUCUAACCCCAACAUUGCUAAAGUGCAGCACGUGGCGAAAUCGUCCUCAGAUCAGCUUCUGAGGAAAUUUGCGGAGGUGGGUUCCGAUUCAGAAACCAAAAUUUCAUCUAAAGAGUUGAGAUUGGCGAAACGCACGAAAAGAAGCCAAGGGAAGAAGGGCAGUGGUGAUUGCAAUGCCAAGAGCUCCGGUAAUGGUAGUACUGGUUUUGCAGAGCGGAAAGCACUUCUUCCAUCUUCAGCUUCUCGCAGACCAAUGGCGUUGAUUCGGAGGCUGGGUAAGGCCAGGAUCAAAGCCAGGGAGUUCACGAACAAGUCUUUCAUCACUGCCAUUGACGAGACAUGGCGUUUGGCUGUGGGAAAGGCUUCUAGGGCUUUGAUGGAGAAGCAUUACUACAAUCGCCAUAAACGCCUAAUAAACGACUCCAAUUGGUAAAUCCAAAGUGCACUGCAGCUUUUGAUUCUUGAAUUUGUGCAUUAGGUUGGAUUGAGCUAGCCCUAAUGUUGUAACAGAUACUUUAGUUUUUUGCAAUCCUGUUAUUUGAAUCUUGUCAUUUAAUUGAGUGCUGUUUGUUGUAAACUAAAAUUUGAAUGUUUCAGAUAGUAUGUAAAUAUACAUAUAUAUAUAUAUAAAUCUUUUUAAGUUGAA